CAUGGACAUAAGAUAAUUAAGGAAGCUCUGAUUGGUCAUGGAGAUGCAUUUGCUGGCAGAGGAAGCUUCCCAGUGUCUGACACCAUUAACAAGGGAUUGGGACUCCUUUUCAGUAAUGGAGAGAGAUGGAAGCAAAUCCGUCGCUUCACGCUCAUGACCCUGAGGAAUUUUGGGAUGGGGAAGAAGAGCAUUGAGGAGCGAGUACAAGAAGAGGCAAAGUACCUGGUGGAAGAGUUAAAAAAAACAAAUGGACAGCCUUGCGACCCCACCUUCAUCCUCGGGUGUGCCCCCUGCAAUGUUAUCUGCUCCAUUGUUUUCCGGAAACGUUUUGAAUAUCAAGACCAGAAGUUUCUUUCUUUAAUGGAGAUUUUAAAUGAAAGCCUCAGGCUUCUCAGUUCCCCAUGGAUACAGGUCUACAAUUUUUUCCCAUCUCUAGUCCAUUAUCUCCCAGGAAUUCAUCAUAAAUUAAUUAAAAACUUUCGUACCCUGAAUGAUUUUGUUUUGGAGAGAGUGAAGGAACAUCAAGAAACCCUGGAUGCCAGUGACACUCGGGACUUCAUUGACUGUUUUCUGAUGAAAAUAGAGCAGGAAAAGCAAAACCAAGGGUCUGAGUUUACCAUUGAAAAUUUAGUUUUUACCACUAUUGAUCUCUUUGGAGCUGGGACAGAGACCACCAGUACAACGCUGAGAUAUGGUCUCCUGCUUUUGCUGAAGCACCCUCAGAUAACAGAGAAAAUCCAAGAAGAAAUUGACCGAGUGAUUGGCCGAAACCGAAGUCCCAGCAUGAAAGACAGAAGUAGUAUGCCUUAUACCGAUGCUGUGAUCCAUGAAAUACAGAGAUACAUUGACCUCGUCCCUGCCAGCCUGCCCCAUGCAGUAACACAAGACAUUCAGUUCAGACAAUACUUCAUCCCCAAGGGCACCACCAUAAUACCAUUGCUGACUUCUGUUCUGUAUGAUGAUGAAGAAUUCCCCAAUCCAGACCAGUUUGACCCACACCAUUUUCUGGAUGAAAGUGGCAACUUUAAGAAGAGCGACUAUUUUGUACCUUUUUCAACAGGAAAACGGGCAUGUGUUGGCGAGGGCCUGGCUCAGAUGGAGUUGUUUCUCUUUUUUACCACCAUCUUACAAAAUGUUACCUUGAAGCCUGUCAUUGACCCCAAAGACAUUGACAUCACUCCAGUCGCCAAAGGGUUUAACAAUGUGCCUCCCUCUUAUGAGAUCUGCUUCCUACCUUCCGAGAGUGUGUAAAGGCCCCCGCCAGCUCACCAUCCUGUAUACGCAUUGGACUCAUUCUCUUGCCUGGCACUCUAUGACUUCAGCCAAAUGGACUUUUCCAGCCUCAUUUCUAACUGCUCCCUUUGACUUUAAUAAAAAGAGAUUAUGAGCUCUCCCCCUGCAACACUCCUCAGGCUUCUUGCCACAAUGCUUUUGUUCCUGUCAAUUAUCCCUAUGCCUGAGGUAUUUCCUUCUACUCUUUAUCUUCCCCUGUUGAAAUAUUACCCAUCCUUGAAGAUCCAUUUAGAUACCACAUCCCUAUGAAUUCUUCAACACUUAAGGUCUGAACUACACAAUAUAACAUUUAAUUGUA